CUUUUUGUCCUCAACCACGCGGCCAGUUCCCGAGACAUGUUAAUGGCAUAUAUUUUAUACUUAUACAAUAGAUCUUAAAUAGUAAAUCCCUUGACAUUAUUGAUGUCUUUCCAUCAUGAAGAGAACAGCAAUUUCGCAGCCACACUGCCAGAAGCAGAAUGGAGAAACGAACUCUGUGGGAUUCUGAACAUGUUAACUGCCUUUUUUGACUGGCAAGAAUCGUCGUACAAAAAGUAAUUUUAAUUUUUCUUGUGUUGGUGAGAAUGUAUAUUGUGCUGUUGCUAUGGUAACGAGUUGUCAUUUCCCGCUGUACUUACGUGUUUUGUUACGAAAACCCGCCACCAAGACUGAUUUUGAAUUGGUUUCGUUUACAUAAGUUUUAUGUUGCUUCUUGACACUGGCAUGCACAAAGAAGGGCAUAGCUCAGAAUUCUUUAGGAGGCCUUAAUAACCCAGUGCAAAAUUAUUUGUAUAGAAACAAAUAUUUAUAAAUAAAUGUAUAAUUGCCAGAAUAUAAUUAUAAUAAAUUAUAGUUAUGUCUGAUUUAUUUAAUUAAAUAUCAAUUAAAAUGUUUCAGUCUGUGAAAGACAGGAGGAAAAAUUCUCCCUUUUUUUAUAAAUUUUAUCCUGAUGUGUGUCAAUUACGGAAUAUAGCUCCUCUUUCAUUCUCAAAGUACCACGUCCAUAAAAACAUAUUGGAUAUUAAUGGUGAUAAAAUAUCAAUCGAUGAAUGGCUAGCUAUAUUGGAGGCUCUGAAGAAUGACCGAAGUCUUCAUGUGAUUGCAGUCCGCAGCAGACAUCCAGUAAAGAAAAUUCUUGAAGAUGUUGAUACUGAAACAAAAGUGCGUUUAGUUAAAAAGUUCCCAGUUUUGUAUACAAAAUUUGUAUUGCGCUCCUUGAUGGCAUCUUUGGCAGAAUGUAUCACAGAAUCUUCAUUAGUGACAUGUAUAGAGAUUGAAGGCCUUCCACUUAAACAUGAAUACAUGGCAAUUCUUUCCAAAGGAAUGAUGGCCAAUUCAUCUUUGCAGACUAUUUCAUUCCAUAACAGCCCUCUUGGUAAUGAAGUAUUUAAACAGCUAACUAUGGUGCUCAGAAACAUGCCUAUUAUAUUUCAUCUUGAUUUAUCAAAUUGUAAUUUGAGCAGCAAAAGUGCUAUUGAAGUUGCUGAAACUUUGAAGUCUCUUCAGCAUUACACAGAAGGUUGGAAGCAAUCGUUGCGAAAUCAUGAUCCAGAAUUGGAGUCAAUGUGUGGAUUAAGAAGAAUUAUUCUUAAUAACAAUCCAGGGAUUGGAGAUGAUGGUGUUAAGCAUCUUGCAGAAGUUUUAAAGGAGGAUAUAUGGCUUAAAGCCAUUGACCUGCAAAACUGUGGUAUUUCUAACAUUGGAGCAAAGUAUGUUCUAAGUAUGUUAGAUAUUAAUGUUACCCUUUAUAUUGUCGAUGUGCGUGACAAUGCAAAAAUUGAUCAUGGUCUUGUUCAUCAAAUUAUGCUGAAACUUCUUUAUAAUAAUGCCAAAAAAGAGGCACGUGAGUACUUCUGGACUGAACCACAAACUCAAUUUCACUUAGUUGCAUCUGAAUCUUUGAAAAAAAGAGCUGAUUGUACCCAAAUUCCCAUGAAACGAAUAUCUCAUUGUACAAGACAAAAGUCCAACAUACGUUCAUCUACUUCAGUCAGUACAGGGCUGAUACAAAAUCAUACUUCAUUGAUCCAAUACCUUCCUCAAAUGGUGGAAACAAAAGCAAAAUUGCAAGAAGUGGCAGAACAUUUAGAAAUAGAAACGUCUCUUAGAAGAAAGGCUGAAUUGGAAAAGGAGGAGCUCAGAACCAAGAUACAUGAACUUGAAAAUGAAUUAUUGAAAGAGAAAGAAGAGAAAGAAGGUUAUUGUUUUGUAAAAACAGAAGCGUUUGAAGCAAUUUUGGAAACUUUGGAAAAAUUUUCUGUGUUUGUGGAACAUGUUAAACAGGCGAAUGACUCAAAUUAUCAAGACAUACAUUGUGAUAAAGUUAAGCUGAAUAAUGACAUGAAAACUUUUUUGGAAAAUCACGUUAAAAGUAUCAUAAAAGAAAUUGCUCAAGAGGAGCAACAUAAGUUAUGUAGAUAUUUGCAGAAUUUUCCACAAGAAAUGGCCAUAUCAUUAACAGUAACUGAGAAAGAAAUGUUGCAAACUGAUCAUUUGAAUAAAUCAAGAGAAAAGUUUGAACAGAACAAGACAUGUUUUACAAGCAGAGAAGAUAGGAAUGAAUACAGCAUUUUUAAAGAUACAAGAUCGAAAUUGAAAAUGCAGUGUGACCCAAUUGUAUCUCCUGUAUGCUCUUAUUCUUCAUUAAUGGUGCAUGAUGUUGCAAAUAUAUCAAAGAAUAGUUCUGUGCCUGAUGUGCAAAAUAACAGUUCCAGCUCUUUUCCAUUUUCUAAAGUCAAGGAACUCUAUGAGCAGCUCAUUGAACAUAGUGAGAACAAAAAAGUAUAAUUUUGGAAAAAACCAACAAUAUUCAAUAAGAAAAACUUAGUACUAUUUAAAAACUUAUUAAAAUAUUUUUACUGCACCAAUUUUUGAAAUAAUAUCAUUUCGUGAGUUCAUCACCACCAUCAUGAACUAUUAAGGGUUACCUACCUACAGAACAUAGUGAAUAUAGCAACAGUUACCUAUAGUGUUCCUUUGGCCCAGUACUCCCAAAAACAUUGCUGAAGUGUUCCAGGUUCUCCCAUCUUUUCUUUAGCCUGCUUCCUUCUCUUUUUCCUCUUGGGGUGGACUUCAGAAUCUGUUUGGUUUCAUUCUUUUUAAAUGAUCUUGCCAUUUCCUUUGGUAUCUUUCUAUUUUGUUCACUAUGUUUUUAAUUUCAGGCUUUUUCUUAUGUCUUUUUUCUUUCUUUUCUUGGCACUCCUAUUAAUAAUCUCGGGUAUCUCAUCUGGGCUGCUUCUAAUCUACUUCUAACUUUUUGUUUUAAGAUCUGCAUUUCACUUCCUAUUUGAAAGAAUUGAUUUUGCUGCAAUUUAUGGAGCCUAAUUUGUUGUUUCUUAGGUCAUGUUUUGAAAAUUACUUUUUACUAUACCAUUGAUUCUGUUGUAUCUUGAAAAUUUUAUAUAUAUGUUUUCUUCCCACAUUUCCUGAGAAAAUAAUACAAUAUUAUGAUUUUACGUAAAAUAAAUAAAAAAUGUUAAUAAUGGUCAUAUUUUGUUGUUAAUAUUGAUUCACUGAAUUGGUUAUGUAUAAGAACAUCACAUUUCAUAUUUUUCUACUGUUUUAAUGUUUCAGUGUACCAUGUAUAUUUCACUUAAUUGCAUUUUCAGAUCGUUAAAUGUAUUUAUCUACUCAUUAUUCCAUUAUUUUUAAUCCUGUUUCUUAUCUUAUUAUUUUAUUUACACUUAUUAUUAAUUUGCUUUGGGCUUGUUGUACAAUGGCAAAUGCUUCACAUGUACUACAUACUAGUAUUAAUAGCAAAAAGAAUCAAGAAACAUAGAAUACUGCAGGCAACUUUUUUGUAUUUCCCAAUAUCAGUUUUAUGAUUUUAUAAUCACUAGACUGGGUAUUUAUAUGUAACAUUUGAGGAAUUUGAGCAUUCAAUUGUCAAAAUUCAAAUUUUGAUCAACUAACUUCACGUGUUCUACAAGGAUUAGUAUUUUGACAUUUGCUUUUUUGGAUGAUGUAAAUGAUCUUAAUAAAUAAAGUAAUUGUAAAUCUUAGUAAAUAAAGUAAUUUUAAUCAGAAAAAAACAAGGGCAUUCCAUUUAAUCUCCAAAACUUUUGAAAAUGUAAUAACUACUGUACAUUCAUAUUAAAAUAAAUAAACAAAAAAGACUACUUAAUACAUUUCUUGUAAUUAAUGUUGAUAAAAAUUAAACUUUUAAUAAAUAUUUC